AUGCCUGUUAUUACAGCUAACCUGGCUCCACCUCCUAUGCCAGUCAUUCCAUCUAACCUGGCUCCGCCCCCUAUGCCAGUCAUCUGGAAAGACCUGGCUCUGCCGCCAAUGCCAGUAAUUCCAGCUAACCUGGCUCUGCCACCAAUGCCAGUCAUCCGGAAUGACACGGCUCCGCCGCCAAUGCCAGUCAUCUGGAACGACACGGCUCCGCCGCCAAUGCCUGUCAUCUGGAACGACUUGGCUCCGCCGCCAAUGCCAAUCAUUCCAGAUAACCUAGCUCCUCCCCCUAUGUCUGUCAUUCCACCUACCCUGGCUCCUCCUCCUAUGCCUGUUAUUCCAGAUACCCUGGAUCCUCCACCUAUGCCUGUCAUCCGGGAUGAUGUGGCUCCGCCGUCUAUGGCAGCACAUGUUUCAUACAUGUUUGUUGUCAACAAAAUCAUUAUGGACUCUCGUCCAGCUAUUUUCUCUGAGAGGAAGCAAGGUCACUAUUCUCCACCGCCUGAAGCAUGCCACCUGCUCCUUCAAAACCCUUAUUAUCAAAUCUACAGCAGGUUUGAUCCAAUGGAUGGCUACCCCGGUUCGCCUCCUACCCAGUCCAACAUUGAGUUUGAGGAUGUGACAGAUCAGACAAAUUAUACCGAGCAGCAGCUACGGGCAACAUACGACCAAAUAAUCGACAGUUCCGUUGGCGACAAUAGUUAUGACGGCAAGGUCACAACGUUCAAAAACCUCCACCUGCAUCAGCUGCAGUCAGAGAUUCUGACUUAUGUAUAA